AAGAGCGCAGAUCAAAAGCGUUCGAUCUUUCGCUGCGAUCGUUUCGGUGGGACGUUGGUGUAUCUCGGUGCUUGGGAAAAAUUAUCUGAAAUCGUGUACUGUGCCCGUGGUGAAUGGAUAGUGAACUUGAUUUGAAUUAGCGGCUAGAACGGCUUCAGUUGAUUGGGGAGUACUUUUGCAAAAAUAAAGCAUUAAACCAGAAUAGGCGAAAGGUGAAGUGCACCACGAUGAGGUCAAACAUAGAUUCGAUCGUUGCGUUUAGUUUGCUUGCAGCAGCAUUUAUUGCGAUAGUGGCCACGGUCGAUGCGGUUAAGUUGAAAGAAAAGUUCAAAUGGCGUGAAGUGGAGUACGAUUGGCCCUCACAGGAAGCGAAACAGGAAGCAAUAAGCUCUGGAAAGUACGUCGCUCCGAACAAUCUACCGCUUGGGUUGGAGCGAUGGCGAGACAAGUUAUUCAUCACGGUACCAAGAUGGAAAUCCGGAGUUGCGGCUUCAUUGACCUUUGUCAAUAUCUCGGACGGCUCGUCACCUUUACUGCGUCCGUAUCCAAACUGGGAGGCUAACCAAUUACCGCAGCCGAACGAUGACGGGAAAAAAGCUGAAGACGGUGGCUCUCCUAAUAUGCUGAAGGACAACAAUACCAUUAUUUCCACAUUCCGGGUACGUGCUGAUGAAUGUGAUCGUCUUUGGGUUAUGGAUACCGGUCUUGCCGACAUUCUCGGAAACCCAACGCCAUACGCAGCCCCAUCACUCGCUAUUUUCGACCUGUACUCCGAUAAACUCAUCCGUAGACACUAUUUCCCUGAAUCAUUGCUGAAGGAAGACUCAUUUUUCGCCAAUGUGAUAAUUGACGCCGAGCGGGGAGAUUGUGAUAAUGCUCACGCCUAUAUGCCAGAUUUGGGAGGCUAUCAAGUAUUGGUCUACUCAUUCAAAGACGAUAAAUCAUGGCGCGUGAAGCAUAAUUUCUUCCAUUUUGACCCAUUAUCAGGAGAUUACAAUAUCGGAGGUAUCAACUUCCAAUGGACUGAUGGCGUAUUUGGUAUGGCUGUUGGUAAGCGGUUGCGUGACGGAUCCCGACCAGUAUUCUUCCACGCGUUUUCCAGCACUAAGGAGUUUAUGGUGUCGAAUCGAAUCUUGCAAAAUGAAACCUAUUCGCAGAGCCCUGAGUCCUACUAUGAUUAUAAACUGAUGGGUGAUCGUGGACCAAACUCGCAAUCUUCAGCGGAGUUUUACGAUGCGGAAACUGGCAUCAUAUUCUACACGCAAGUGAACAAAGAUGGAGUUGGAUGCUGGAAUACUGCAAAGCCAUUAACUCCAGAUACUCAAGGAUUAGUUGAUUCGGACAGUGACGCAUUAGUGUUUCCAAACGAUCUGAAGGUUGAUACAGAAGGCAAUCUGUGGGUGCUGUCUGACCGAUUGCCAAUGUUCAUCUUCACAUCUUUAGAUCCUGCAGAGUACAACUAUAGAAUAUUGACCGGUCACAUAAAAGACAUAAUUAAGGGCACUCCAUGCGAAUAAUGAUUAAACAAUAUGCAUUUCAGAGUAAAAUAAUUACAAAUCAAUGAAGAGAAUUUCUUAAUAUAAUUUGACAUUUUAAAUACAA